AUGUACAACCGCCCUUUAGAAAAAUCUUUUUACAUAAUCAUUGCAAUUGCUAAGAAAUGCGAUACAAAACAAAGAAACAGUUGUCAAGUUUAUUCAAUUAAAAUGCCUUUGAUAAUUUUGAUGCGAAUUGCAUGGAAUCUUAAAGUCGGUCAUGGUGAUGAUGGACGACGGCUCAGCAUUUCAGAUUACUGUACCUCCAAGUCUCGCAAUUACUUCAGCUCAAUAUAA